AUGGAGCUGAAGCGGAGCAUGGCGAUUCCGCGGCUCCUUUUGCUGGGACUGUGGGCUGCGGCACUUCGGGACGUCGCCGCUGUGGCAGGUAUGAAAUUUACAGGACCUCCAAUCAAAUUAAAGGUGUCCCAGGGUCAACCCGUGAAACUAAAUUGCAGCCUGGAGGGAAUGGAAGAUCCCGAGAUGUUGUGGAUCAAGGACGGAGCAGUGGUGCAAAGCAUAGACCAGGUGUACAUUCCAGUAGAUGAAGAACACUGGAUCGGCUUCCUCAGCUUGAAAUCCGUCGAGCGGACAGAUUCUGGGAAGUACUGGUGCGAGGUUGAGAACGGGGGGAAGAAGGAAGAAUCACAGCAAGUGUGGCUCAUAGUGGAAGGUGUGCCCUACUUUACUGUGGAACCUGAGGAUGUGUCUGUGUCCCCUAAUGCCCCAUUUCAUAUGACCUGUGCUGCUGUUGGUCCCCCUGAACCAGUGACAAUUGUCUGGUGGAUGGGAGACACUAGAGUGGGGCAUCCAGACAUCUCUCCCUCCAUCUUAAAUGUGUCAGGUAUUAAUCAAAGCACAGUUUUCUCCUGCGAAGCGCACAACAUUAAGGGAUUGUCUUCAUCUCGGACAGCCACUGUUCAAAUUAAAGCCAUGCCUCUCCCGCCUCUCAAUGUAACUGUGAGCCAGGUCACCAGCAGCAAUGCCAGCGUGGCCUGGGUGCCAGGAUUCGAUGGUCAUGCACCCCUCCAUUCUUGCACUCUUCAGGUAGCUGAAUCACCAGAUGACCAGGAGGUCUCCACUGAAGUCACCCCAGUGCCACCCUUUGCCUACAGCGUGCAAGGCCUGAAGCAUUCCACCAACUACAGCGUUCGUGUGCAGUGCAGCAAUGAGAUGGGCAGCUCUGCUUUCACUGACAGGGUUUAUUUCCAGACCCUGGAACUUGCUCCAAGCAGCACCCCACAAAAUAUCCAUGUUAUCCAAAGAGAUCCUGGUCUGAUUUUGGAAUGGGAAGGUGUGGCGCCGGAUAUGCUGAAGGAAAACGUCCUGGGAUACAGGCUGGAGUGGAUUCAGGAUAAUGUAACUCAGGGGGAGAUGAUUGUACAGGAGACAAAAGCUAAUCUCACAACAUGGAAUCCUCUCAAAGACCUCAUCAUCAGGGUGUGUGUGCUGAACUCUGCAGGAUGUGGGCCCUGGAGUGACCUCUUCCUUCUUGAAGCUCAAGAGGUCAUGGGUGGCCAGAGACAACCUCCUUAUGGGACGUCCUGGGUUCCUGUGGCGUUGGGCAUUCUCACAGCUCUGGUCACAGCUGUUGCCCUGGCUCUUAUUCUCCUUCGAAAAAGAAGAAAGGAAACUCGGUUUGGCCAUGCCUUUGGCAGUGUGGUUGGCAGAGUGGAUCCAGCAGUCCAUUUCAGAGCUGCCAGAUCUUUCAACAGGGAGGGCCCAGAACUCAUUGAAGCAACUUUGGAGAGUGUAGGGAUCAGUGAUGAGCUGAAGACGAAACUCAAAGAUGUCCUAAUCCAGGAACAGCAGUUCACCUUGGGAAGAAUGCUGGGCAAGGGGGAGUUUGGGUCAGUUCGAGAGGCACUACUGAAGCUAGAUGAUGGCUCUUUCCAGAAAGUGGCAGUGAAGAUGCUGAAAGCGGACAUCUUUACUUCGACUGACAUCGAGGAGUUCCUGCGAGAGGCUGCCUGUAUGAAGGAGUUUGACCACCCACAUGUCACUAAAUUAAUUGGAGUCAGCCUGCGGAGCCGUCCCAAGGGCCGUCUCCCAAUCCCCAUGGUGAUCCUGCCCUUCAUGAAGCACGGAGACCUUCAUGCUUUUCUGCUGAUGUCACGGAUUGGGGAAAACCCUUUUAACUUGCCUGUUCAGACACUCCUCAAGUUUAUGAUUGACAUUGCCAGUGGGAUGGAGUACUUGAGCUCAAAAAAUUUCAUACACAGGGACCUUGCAGCUCGGAACUGCAUGUUGGAUGAGAACAUGAAUGUGAGUGUUGCAGACUUUGGGCUUUCUAAGAAAAUCUACAGUGGAGACUAUUACCGUCAGGGCUGUGCCUCCAAGCUGCCAGUGAAGUGGCUUGCUCUGGAAAGCCUGGCAGAUAAUCUGUACACGACACACAGUGAUGUGUGGGCGUUUGGGGUGACCAUGUGGGAGAUUGUGACCCGAGGGCAAACCCCUUAUGCUGGCAUUGAGAAUGCAGAAAUCUACAACUACCUCAUCAGUGGGAACAGGCUGAAGCAGCCACCGGAGUGCCUGGAAGAUGUCUAUGAUCUCAUGUGCAGAUGUUGGCAUCCCGAGCCCAAGCUACGCCCCAGCUUUGGAUUGCUUCGGUCGCAGCUGGAAAUGAUUCGGGGGAGGAUGUCCACACUCUCCUGCAGUCAAGAUCCUCUCUAUGUCAACAUUGGGAGGGACAAAGAGGCGUCUGCGAGUGACCCUGCCCUGCACGCCUCCUUUGGAAACACGGACGGUGAAGAGACCAUUGCUGCAGCAGCUGCUGCUGUCACAAGUGACUAUCGCUACAUCAUGAGCCCCUUGUGCCUUGGAGAUGAUGCUGAGGGUGAAAAGCAUCCAGAUGGGCAGGAAGGGGAGGACAAAAGCCUUCUGUAUGAGCUGGAAACAGAAGGAGAGAAAAGUUGUUAGCCUGUACAUAGCAGUGACACUCUGCUUCCCUGGGAUGGGAUGUGUGUAGCCACGGUGCUGUGUCACCUGGGGCUCUAAUGCUGGAUCUGGAAUGGCUUUGAACAGCACUGAUCAGAGCUGUUGGGCAGCUUUUGUAGCUCUCACCAUCUGUGUUAGCUGCAGUGGCGGACAUCUUGAAAGGACUGCAGCCCCAGCAACCCCUUGGAUUUGGGGGAGGGGAGCAGUAGAGUUACAAGUUGGUUGCAUCCCGCUGAAAGGAGUUCAGAGCUAAGGUGGACAGUCAGUUUAUGCUCUGCUCCUUCUCAAUGACUGCUGGGGCAGAGCUGAAUUCACCUUCUGUUCAGUCAGUGCUUGCUCUUGUGUAGAUGUUGUCUUCGAUCCUGGCUGCGUGACUUUGGGACUAGUACCUCCAAAAACACUAGUGGGUGCUUACUGUGUCAUUCAGGACAAGAGGGCAAAAUUCCCCUUGUGUUCACUCAGCAGUACUGCCUAGACUUGUUGCCUACCUCAGUGGUUCUCAAACUGAUCUGCAGAUCUGCUUCUACCCAGCACUGAAUUUGAACAGCUGGCUUAUUUUAUGCAGUGACACUUGCUGCUUCCUCAGUCCAGGACUCUUCUAAGAGGCUCAGAAUUUUUGCUGAGUGAUGAAAUUAGAGAAAAUUAAAAUCUAGCAUCCCUCUUCACCUCACAUACCUCUUUUAUGUCUUUCGUUUUAUUCUGUUUGAUGCCAAUUCAGGCCUGAUCAGACUUGCAGCUGGCAUUAAAAUGCAAAGGGAGGGGGAGCAGCUGGCAUACGUGAGGACAGAAUCCAACUUCAAAGGGAUGGAAAGGAAACAGUAUAGAGAGGACUUAACAGUAGUAUGGGGAAACAGUGCUAAUUAAUGCUGAGUGCUGCCCUCUGGGAGAGGAAGGAGGUGGAAUGGCAGACUUGCUUCAGUUUCAGCAGGAGCAGGAUUCAGCAUUUGCUUUAAAAUAGGAUUUGUUUAGUCUUCCUCUUUUAACAG